AUACACUGUUUCUAAGUUUCUAAACGAUGAUUUUCUUUUUUAAUUCUUUGAAUUAGCUAAAAGUAAAAGAAUCCCUGUAUACCUGACUUAUUUCUUAGAAAUAGCUCCACAUACUCAUCUUUUCGGUUGGUUCCAACCGAAAAGACUAAAAGUCGCUGAGGAUAGACCUUUAUUUUCCUUCAUUGCGUCACGCUCAGAAUUUCAUUAGCUUACCAAUCGCUUACAUGCGGUGUGCUCGGUUAGUCGUAUUUGUGAUGUGUUUUACAAUUAUUAGUUUAUAAUUAUUACUGCACCCUGAAUAAAAACACCAAGCAUGGCGACCAACAAUAGAAUGGUUGCACCCAGUAAAACAGCACUACCGCCAAGUAGUGAUGAUGAAGUCAAUGUGUUAUCCAUAAUCUACAAAAUUGUCAAGAAGGUAGCAGUUGUUGGAGCAGUAUACCUGGUGGGUUAUAUGCAAUGGAGCGUGGCAUGGCUAAUAGGGCCUGUCAUCCUCUCUGUUAUGAGGGAUCAGUGGCGUAAAGAGAAUGAGUAUAAGCGAAACUUGGCAAAAGCAGCAGCAGUAUCAUCUGAAAAAGAUGUUGUUUUAGCUCGUUUGAGUGAUCUGCCAUCAUGGGUAUUUUUCCCGGAUGUUGAACGGGCAGAAUGGCUAAAUAGGAUACUACUGCAAGUGUGGCCCAAUGUCAACCAUUACGGUAGAAGUCUAUUGAAAGACACCAUCGAGCCGGCCGUCGCUGAAUCUCUUUCCAAUUACAAACUGAACGGAUUCAAAUUCGAAAGAAUGAUCCUUGGAACUAUCGCACCUCGCGUGGGUGGUGUCAAAGUGUAUGAUAAGAACCUCGCGAGGAACGAAAUCAUUAUGGACGUAGAUCUAUUCUACGCCGGCGACUGUGAUAUAUCUUUCGUCUUGCAGCGCAUUCGAGGAGGCAUCAAAGAUUUACAGAUUCACGGUAUGGUGCGCGUGGUGAUGAAACCCCUGAUCACCAAGAUGCCGCUGGUGGGCGGACUACAGGUGUUCUUCCUCAAUAAUCCAUCCAUCGACUUCAAUUUAGUCGGAGUCGCCGACGUACUCGACAUGCCUGGUUUCAGCGACAUUUUGCGGCGUUGCAUCGUGGAACAAGUGGCUAAAUUGAUGGUGUUACCCAACAAGCUGCCUAUAAAACUGAGCGACGAAAUACCUACUGUGGAUCUGCGAAUGCCUGAACCAGAGGGCGUCCUUCGUAUCCAUCUCGUUAAAGCCGAGAAUCUCAUGAAGAAAGAUGUGUCAAUGAUAGGAAAGGGUAAGUCUGAUCCUUACGCGAUCAUAACUGUCGGCGCGCAGCAAUGGAAGACGAAACAUAUCGAUAACGACGUUAAUCCGAAGUGGGAUUACUGGUGCGAGGCGAUUAUAAACUCGUGGAAGGGCCAAAUGCUGGAGUGCGAGCUGUGGGACUGGGACCCAGGCAUGGGCAUUCAGAACGAUGACUUUCUUGGCAGAUGCUCUUUAGAUAUAUCCCAAGUUGUACGAGACGGACGCUUAGAUACGUGGCAAACUCUACAGCAAGCGAAACAUGGCAAAGUGCAUUUACGCCUGUCUUGGCAUCGUUUAUCAUCAGAUCUAUUAGAUCUAAGUCAUGCUAUCACUGAAACUCAGUUGGUGAAGACUGGUGAAAUUAGUUCCGCCGUACUCAACGUGUACAUCGACUCCUGUAGAAACUUACCUAAUGCUCGGGUACACUCUCGUCCGGAUCCUUACCUGGUAGUGUCAGUUGGCAAGAAAAGCGAAAACACGGCCGUACAGAUGCGCACAGAUAACCCAGUUUACGAGAUAGGAUACUCAUUCCUCGUACAGAACCCCGAAAUUAACGUCCUUGACAUCAAGGUGUUAGAUCAAAAGACUGGAAACCAAUUGGGUCAAUUGAUAUAUUCUAUAUCGUCGUUGCUGAAGGAAAGAGAUCUGAGUCUAUUAACUCAACCGCUUAAUCUCCAAAAAUCUGGAGCCCAAUCUAAAAUAAUUCUGUCGUUGCAAUUAAGGAUUCUAAAAGAAGCUGUUAAAGAAGCGGAUGUAGAUGAGGAAGUUCCUGUAACACCGACUCCGGAGCCAUCCCCUGCGCCUGUUACCCCCUCUGCAGUGGACGACGUUGAUAACACUGGCUCAACUGCCGAAACACCGCCGACGUCAAGUGAUGCUGACCUAAAAAACAUAGACGAUAACGCGACGGAGACGUCAUCACAAAAGUCAAUACCAGUAGAGGAAAUCGUUAAAGCAGUUGAUGUCGCUCAAGAUCAACAAGCUCCUCCGUCUGAUAGAGGUUCACCAAAGUUAGUUCAUAGAACGUCUUCUUUGACAACGUCAGCAGGAGAAGCCGGUUUGGGUCGUAUUUUGCUAUCUCUCAGAUACAGCAUGCAAAACCAAACUCUGUACAUCGUGGUACAUAAGAUAGCAAAUAUACCUCUCAAAGAUCCGGCUAAUGUGCCAGAUCCAUACGUGAAAUUGUACUUACUGCCCGGACGUUCAAAAGAUUCAAAACGCAAAACUAUUGUAAUAAAGGACAGCUGCAUGCCUGAGUAUGAUGAACAAUUUGAGUGGGUAAUUCCGUUAGCUGAACUACAUUCGAGGCAGGUGGAAGUAACGGUGGCAACGCACAAAGGAUUUUUGGGUGGGAGCCCAGUAAUUGGACAGGUGAUAGUGCAUCUUAAUCAGUACGACUUCAGGGAAGCAAAAACGAUGUGGUUUGAUCUUAUGCCAGAAACAAUGCCUAAAGACUAAAAACAAUGUAUUGAUGAGUCACUAAGUCUACAGUAGAUGUAUCAACUUAGUAAGAGUGACACAGUUUCUAAGAAUUUUUCUUUUUUACUAUAAAAACUUCGCUUUUAUUGGUAUUAAUGAAACAUAAAAAUAUUCUCACUACCAUUUAUAAGUUGAUACAUUAACUGCUCUUUUAUAUCUAUUUUUAUUUAAAUGUUGGUUACAAUUUUUUACCUUAGGAGCCAACUCUGCAUCCAUUGAAUUAAUCCAGAAAGAUUGUUAUAUUGUGAUCAUUAAAGAAGUGCUUAAGAAAUUAAUCAAAUUAAAAUGUUAUUAAAAGUACAUUUAUUAGUUGCUUACCACCACAAAGUUUUGCUUUCACUGCAUAUGUUCAAUUCAUAUUACAAUUCUGAAUAAAUCCGUGUGCAAGAACAUUUGUGUGAAAUCAUAAGAAAACUUAGUACAGGAAGCAUUUCAAUUAUUAUUAUCAUUAUAAUAGGUAUCAUAUAUUUUACUUCAACACAAAUUUAAAGAGCUUUUGUGAACUUUUUAUGCAGUAAUAUAUUUAUUAAUUGAAAUAAAAUUGAUUUUAAACUAAUUGUACCAUUGUAUAAGCUUGUGUGUAUUAUUAUAUUUUUCAUAGUUGUCAUUUAUGAAUGUUGGCUAUUUGCACAUAUUUAUUUUUAUAAUAGAAGUAGCAUCUUUUUAUUGAAUAAAGUUGUAUUAUAUUUGAGAUUUUUAAUUAAAUAGCUUAUGAAAUUAGUAAUGCAUUUAAAUAUUAAGUAUAACUUUUAUAAUAUAUUUUUAUACAAAAUGAUUUUAGCACUUUUACUUAAUUUUCAUCUAUUAAAUUAGUGGUUGUUGAGAUAUUUUAUCAAUGAAGUUUGUUCUUGCAUUUAAUUAUUGAGUAAAACUUAUAUGUUAAACUUAACAUUUUACCCAGAACUAGUAUUACUUUUGUAAUUGCCUAGUCGUUAUUUUAUUAUGUAUUUGUUAUCUUUCAAACUACAUUUAUCAUUAAUAUGCUUUAUAUCCUAUGAGUUAGCACUUGUUUAAUAAUGUUGUUACCAAUAAAUGGCUUCUCUUU